CCUUCAGCCGCUGCCCCCGCGCUGAGCCGUUGCCCUCCCCCAGUGUGCGAGCUCCGUUGUGAGACGUUGGAGCUCGGAGCGGAGCCGUCCCAGCAGCCCGGUGCCUGUCCCUGCUGCCACCAUGGGGCCGUGCCCCCCGCCCGAGGAGGGCCCCGUGACUGUCGUGGUGCGUGUGCGGCCCCUGGCCCGCAGCGAGCGGGUCCUGCCCCCGGUCGUGCACGUCGUUAACGAGCACGGCAUCGUCCUCAGCCCCGCGGAGCCCGGGGCUGCCCCCGGCAGCGCGCUGCCCGCGCGGGGGCCCAAGGGCAAGGACCUGGAGUUUGUCUUUGACCGGGUCUUUGGGGAAGAGGCCACGCAGGAGGAGGUGUUCCAGCACAGCACCUCCGAGCUGCUCGACAGCGUCCUCGAGGGCUACAACUGCUCCGUGUUUGCCUAUGGCGCGACCGGAGCAGGGAAAACCUACACCAUGCUGGGCUCGGAGCACAGCCCUGGCAUCAUGUACUUGACUAUGGUGGAGCUGUACCAGAGGAUGGAGGCCAGAAGGCAGGAGAAGAGCUGUGAGGUCCUAGUCUCCUACCAGGAGGUGUACAACGAGCAGAUCUAUGACCUGCUGGAGCCCAAGGGACCUCUAGCUAUUCGGGAGGAUCCUGAGCGAGGAGCUGUGGUCCAGGGCCUCUCAUUCCACCAGCCUGCGUCAGCAGAGCAGCUCCUGGAGAUGUUGGCCAACGGCAACAGGAAUCGCACGCAGCAUCCCACUGACGCCAACGCUGUCUCCUCCCGCUCGCAUGCCAUCUUCCAGAUCCACGUGAAGCAGCAGGACUGCCCUGGCAGCCUCAGUCGGGGUCUGAAGGUGGCCAAGAUGAGCCUGAUCGACCUGGCAGGCUCAGAGCGAGCGUCGGUGGCCAACACCAGGGGAGAGCGGCUGCGGGAGGGGGCCAACAUCAACCGCUCGCUGCUGGCCCUCAUCAACGUCAUCAACGCCUUGGCUGAUGCAAAGGGCAAGAAAAGCCACAUCCCGUACCGGGACAGCAAGCUGACGCGCCUGCUGAAGGACUGCCUGGGUGGCAACUGCCGCAGCGUCAUGGUGGCAGCGGUGAGCCCCUCUGUGCUGGCCUACGAAGACACCUACAACACCCUCAAGUAUGCCAGCAGGGCCAAGGAGAUCAAGCUGUCGCUGAAGAGCAACAUGUGCAGCUCUGACUCCCACCUCUGUGAAUACGUGGAGUUGUGUGAGCAGCUGAAAGGGGAGGUGGCGGAGCUGAGGGCAAAGCUUCUUGCUUAUGAGGAUGGUGCCCGUGAGGCAGAGAACCAGGCAGCAGGGCCACAGGCUCCGUCCAGCGUGAGCCCAGUGGAGCUGCCCAGGUUGGAGGAAGCUGUCCCAAAGCCGGGCUUGGCCCUUGAUGGUGAGGGGCAGGAUGACAGAGAGCAGCAGGAGCUGCAGGCUCGUUUUCCUCUUCAGAUGCAGCUGCAAUUGGAGGGCGAGGCUCCAGAGGAAAUGCCAACCAGCAGCCCUGGAGCAUCCCAUGGGGUGGAUCUGCGGCUGGGACUGAAGGAGCCAAAGCUUGGAGGAAACAGCCCUCUGUCCGGCCACCGCACAGAGCAGCCUGUGGCCUCUGGCCUGAGCGGCAUCCGGAAGCUUUAUUCUGUCCUGAAGGCUGCCAACCUCCUCACUCCAGAUUUGGUGUCUGUGCUGGAGGAACUGGCCCAGCUGGUCCCUCAGGACACUGGUGGGAGCCCUGAGCAAGCUCUACCUCUGAGCAGGCCUGCAGAGCUCAGCGAGGCCACCCCAGGCAAGAGGAUGAAGUGGAGCUGGGAUGAUGCGGCAUCUGUCACCGUGUGCGGUGCCCCUGCGAUGAGUUCCAGCCCGCAGUGCUUGCAGCAGCCUGCUCCGUUCUCGGGCCGUGUGCCCACGGCUUUGAGCCCUAUUGGGAGGAGGAAGCCUGGGCUGGGCAGUGCCUCCCCCUCAGCCCCUCGCCGCAGCAUCAGGAGGCAGAUGCAAGGCCAGCAGAGACGUGGGAAGGCAGCGGAGAUUCCCGGGCCACAGAGCCCAGGCACCCCCCGGCUCGAGUUCGCAGCUCCAGCAUCCCCUGGCUCCCCGGUGCCACUGGGUUACAGCCCCAGAUCCAGCUCAGCACCAGGCCCCCAAAGCCCUGCGCCCCUGGCAGUGUCAGCUGCCCAGAUCCGGUGCUCCCCGCCUGCCCCCGAGCUCAAUGUGACCUUUGAGCUCUGCCCGCACAGCAGAUCCCCCAGCGCCAUCCUGCCCGUUCCCAUCCGCCUCUCGCAAUGCUGGCACAGGGAGAAGAGGCAGUGCCAGCAACCAAAGCAGGAGAGCCCCUUCCUGCCUGAGUAA